CGGCCGGGGCCGCGGCGCUGUUGGCCGGGGCGAGCUGCCUGGUGUUCGGCCGUUCCCUGCAGGGAGAGUUCGUGCACGACGACGUGUGGGCCAUCGUGAACAACCCCGACGUGCGGCCGGGAGCGCCGCUCCGCGGGGGUGUCUUCUCCAACGACUUCUGGGGCAAGGGCAUGGCGGAGCGCGCCAGCCACAAGUCCUACCGGCCACUCUGCGUGCUCACCUUCCAGCUCAACAUCCUCCUGACCGGCAUGGACCCGUUCUAUUUCCACGCGGCCAACAUCAUCCUGCACUGCCUGGUGACACUGGUGCUCAUGUACACCUGUGACAAGACGGUCUUCCGGAACCGUGGCCUGGCCUUUGUGACAGCCUUACUCUUUGCUGUGCAUCCUGUCCACACUGAGGCGGUGGCCGGAAUUGUUGGCAGAGCUGAUGUGCUGGCGUGUCUGCUGUUUCUGCUGGCCUUUCUCUCCUACAACAGGAGCAUGGCCCCGGGUGGGGUGGGGGAGCGCUUCCCCCCGACCGUGUCCCCCUUCUUCCUGCUACUCAGCCUGUUCCUGGGCACCUGUGCCAUGCUGGUGAAGGAGACGGGCGUCACCGUGUUUGGGGUCUGCUUGCUGUGCGACCUCUUCUCCCUGUCCCAUGCGCAGGAAUCGUCGAGCAGUGAGGACACAGAUCGGCAUAGCCCACAGCGGCCCAGGAGUGCGCACUCCUCACUGCCGGCACACGCCUACCGGGAGAACGGAAAGCAGCAACGCGCCCCCCAGAAGGGACCUUGGGGUGGCUGCCAGUCCCCACUGCCACCGGCACCCAAGAGCAGUGGAUGCCCUGUGUCUCCUCGAGCCCUGUGGUCCGUGAUGAGGUGUCUGACUGCAAGCAGCGACAGGAAUGCCCUGCUUACCAUGAGGCCGUUCCUAAAGAGGGCCGUGUUGGUCAUAAGUUACGUGACCGUCAUUCUGUACUUCCGGCUGUGGAUAAUGGGGGGCUCUAUGCCCCUCUUUUCAGAGCAGGAUAAUCCAGCUUCCUUUUCGCCUUACUUUCUUACAAGAUUCCUCACCUACUCCUACCUCUUGGCUUUCAACAUGUGGCUGCUGCUGGCGCCCAUCACCCUGUGCUACGACUGGCAGGUUGGCAGCAUCCCGCUGGUGGAGACUGUCUGGGAUGUGCGCAACCUGGCCACUGUGCUGCUGGCCCUGGCCAUGACCUCACUGGGCCUUCACUGCCUGGCAGCCUUCAAGAGACUGGAGCACAGGGAGGUGCUCGUGGGCCUGCUGUUCCUGGUUCUGCCCUUCCUGCCUGCCAGCAACCUCUUCUUCAGGGUGGGCUUCGUGGUGGCCGAGAGAGUCCUGUACAUGCCUAGCAUGGGCUCCUGCAUCCUCUUCGUGCACGGACUGAGCAAGCUCUGGGCGUGGCUGAACCGAUGUGGGGCCACCGUCCUGACCGUGGCCACGGUGCUGCUGCUGCUACUUUUCUCUUGGAAAACGGUGAAGCAGAACGAGAUCUGGCUGUCCCGAGAGUCCCUGUUCAGGUCCGGAGUUGAAACGCUGCCCCACAACGCCAAGGUUCACUACAACUACGCCAACUUCCUGAAGGACCAGGGACGGAACAGAGAGGCCGUCUACCACUACAGGACAGCGCUCAAGCUGUACCCGCGCCAUGCCAGUGCCCUGAACAACCUGGGGACGCUGACGAGGGACACAGCCGAGGCCCAGAGCUACUACCGGCGGGCGCUGCAGCUCAACCCCCAGCAUCAUCGGGCCCUUUUCAACCUCGGGAACCUGCUCAAGUCCCAGGAGAAGCAAGAAGAGGCCGUGGCCUUGCUGAGGGGUGCCAUAAAAUAUGGCCCGGAGUUUGCAGAUGCCUAUUCCAGCCUGGCCUCCCUACUGGCUGAACAGGAGCGAUUUCAGGAAGCUGAGGAAAUCUACCAGGCUGGAAUAAAGAACUGUCCAGACAGCUCAGACUUACACAACAACUACGGGGUCUUCUUGGUGGACACUGGCUCUCCAGAGAAGGCCGUGGCCCACUACCAGCAGGCCAUCCAACACAGCCCGAGUCACCACGUGGCCAUGGCCAACCUGGGCCGACUCUACCGGUCCCUGGGGGACAACAGCGCAGCUGAAGAAUGGCACAAACGCGCCCUGCAGGUGGCCCGCAGAGCCGAGAUCUUGUCGCCCCUGGGAGCGCUGUAUUAUAACACCGGCCGCUAUGAGGAGGCCUUGCAGAUCUACCAGGAAGCUGUGGCCCUUCAGCCUUCUCAGCGGGAGCUCCGCCUGGCGCUGGCCCAGGUUCUGGCCGUGAUGGGUCAGACACAGGAAGCCGAGAAGAUGACGCAGCAGAUGGUGUCCGAGGACAGCGAGUGCCUCGAGUGCUACCGCCUGCUGUCCGCCGUGCACAGCCAGAGCGAGCAGCACAGCCAGGCCCUGGACGCUAUAGACAAGGCUCUCCAGCUGAAACCAAAGGACCCCAAAGUCAAAUCAGAGCUUUUUUUCACAAAAGGAAACCAACUAAGAGAGCAGAACCUUCUGGACAGAGCUUUUGAGAGCUACAGGGCGGCGGUGGAGCUGAACCCCGACCAAGCGCAGGCCUGGAUGAACAUGGGCGGCAUCCGGCACAUCCAGGGCAACUACGCUUCAGCCAGAGCUUACUACGAGCGAGCCCUACAGCUGGUCCCAGACAGCAAACUACUGCGGGAAAACCUCGCCAAGCUGGAUCGGCUGGAAAAGCGAUUCCAAGAAGUUCAAGAGAAAGAUCAGACUUAGCAGCUCAGCUGGCGCCCUGGCAGGAGGACGAGUAGUGGCCCUCAGCUACGUCAGCUGGCACCCCCAGGGAGACCCCCUGACUCUCACUGUAAGGGGCGGUCCUAGGAUACCCGCCCAACCCUGAACCCUGGGACCUGCAGCUCCAGCAAAAGCCAGGAGGCCAGCAGGGACAGGAUCAGCUUUGCGUUUAUAUGUUUUAGAGAUUUGUUUGCUUUAACUCCAUGUCCCCUUUAUAUUUCUCUGCUUUGCAGCCUGGAGGUCUAAGUCCAUUCCUUAGUGGAGAGUUUUAUUUCCAAGAAAUAGAGAAACUUGAAAUUCCAUGAGGCCGAGAUGGAAUAUUCCAAGGAGGAUAGAUCCUCUGGGAUAAGCCAUCUGGGAAAUUCUACUAAGAGGUGGCUCAUUACGUUCUCCAGAAGCAGACAUGAGUAGCUAGUAGACUUAAUGGAACCUUCUAGAAUUUGUGGGUAAAGGGCUGUUCUUAAGUGAACUUUAUCUAAUAUCCCCCUAAGGAUAUUGCAAAAGCCCUACUGAGGAGUAAGUUAAAUUGCAUUCUGAUAUAGGCCUUCCCAUGGCCAAACAUACAAAAAGGAAGCUCUGGAAUGGUGGAUGGACAUUCUGAUCCCCAAGGGGAAAACCAAGCAAUUGGUACCCCCGAUUCUUCAUUAAAAUUUAAAAUGAUUUUAAUUUUAUUACAAGUAUUUCUACAGUAGUAGUUCUGCUCUAAGGUAUUUCAGAAGUGCUUUAAAACUCAUGUUUAUGACUUCAAAUAUAUUGUUAUUUUGGUGGAAAAAUAUAGUAUAUUCUACAUGAGAAAUAUUAAAAAUAUUAACUGAGAGAAACAUCCUACUUUAUUAUCUAAACAUUCAGGUAUCAUGAGAUUAUUUUUUGAGGAAUAUAUUUAGCUUUUGAGAACUAUCACAAAAAUCUUUGUAAACUAAGCAAGCGGUAAGAGCUCUGGAGACGACUCUGCUCUGUGAGACUCUGCCUGGGCCAUGAGUGGUCGGUACCUGGGGUUCUUGGUUCUGUGUGUGUAACUGGAGCCUUCAUGGAGAAUGUUCAAAAACAUCUAGGGAAAAAUCGAAAUGCAUAAUUAAAAAAUAUAUAUUUAUAUUUAAAAUACAGGGAAGGCAAAGUUGAACAAACAAGUUGCUGUUGCUUUUUGUUAUUUAUUUUGUAACGUAAAACAUUUCAUUAUGUACACAUACACUUUCUCCCUCUGUGCACAGUGAUUUUAAUAGUUGUUUCCAAGACUGCUUAUACAGAAAAUAGAAAUCUAAAUCACAAGGCAGAUAAGCACUAACAGCCCGUAUCAAAAAAAUGUUUAUUGCUCAUCCCCUUGGCAAAGUUAAAGUCAUUUGGAAUCGACUCCAGCAUUCGGUUGGUAACAAGUUUUGAGUUGACGCCCUUUGCCCUGGCCCCACCGGCCCUCAGCAAGGGCAGAUUCCA